UUACCAAUAUAUGCAACUUUAGGCAGAUCUCAAUUACCACGUUACGACUCUGCUUUGAAGGCGUGCACUGGGAGGCUCCAGUGUCAUUGACUCCUCGGUCUUUACAAUACCCUCUCAAGCAAGUAUCGAUGCUUGGACAACUUUGCGCAAUCCUGGAUGAACUGGUACACACUCGCUCCGUAUCUGCGCAUAUACAGUCCAUACUCUCACAAAACCAUCCGAAGCUGAUGUCAUGGAGCUUGAUUUCCACAACAAGUUUUCUACUGAGGAAAAAAGCUUCGGCCAUAUUCAAGUUUAGCUCCUUAGCUAUGAGGUUAGUGGAGCAGAUUCUUCUUUCCAAUACAUUUGGAAAUAAAUUUUUCGAGAAACUCAAAUUCGGCUUUAGAAGCAAUAUCAACAAUGGUAACAUUAUGCAUCAUACUCUAAUCCUGCUGCUAUUGCCCCAUGACCAAGCAACGUAUUAUGUUGCUGUGGCAUAAUAUGAUUCAAGAUCCGGCCAAUUUGACGCUUCUGACUGAGGCUGCGGCCACUAAGACCUUGUUUGAAGGGGAAUCCCCGAAUCUGAUCGCAACUGGCGUAGCUUUUAUCCAUGAAGGAGGAACCAAGAUUGCGGAAGCUUCCAAGAAAAUUAUUCUUGCAGCCGGUACAAUAUAUAGCCCUUUGCUUCUUGAGCUCUGAAGGAUCGGAUCCCCAAACAGCCUCGAAGUACAUGGAAUAGCUUCCCGUCUCCAACCCCAAUGUGGGAGAGAACUUACAGGAUUCUAUCAUUAGCGCAAUUAGUUAUGAAAUAGCUGAUGGAGAUAGGGCCAUGGAUUAUUUUGGACGUUGCGGCCGACUGCAAGAAGCUCUGGGUAAAGCCAUGACGGCACACAUGACAAUGCGAUUCCGGCCAUUCUCUCGGGCUGCUAUCACUUUCAAUUUUGUCGUCCCUGUCGCCGAAGGCCAAGAGGAAAUUAACAACUUGCUAAGCACUUACCGGGCAAUUUCUUCCGAAUCUGUUUACCACGUAUUUGUUCGUUCGAAUUCUCUCCCCGAGAAUUCAGAACAAGGCAGUGGCAUGGUUUUCAUGUACGGGGCACCAGCAAAUUUUGGAAAGAACUCAGCAAACUUUGCUAAGCGAAAGGAACUUACCUUGGCGAGCUCCCUAAAAACUUUGUCACAAGUAGCUCUGUGCUAUAAACCUCCUCAGUAAUCGGGAAUAUCCAUACCUUUAUAACUUCAACCACCAACACAUUACUGGAUUUCAAAUACUUCGCCUAGCCUAUUGAUGCCGAAGUCAUGGCUCGCCGUCUGUCGCUCCUCGGAAAGUUGAUAACCACAUCUCCCUCUUCUUCUUUGCUGAAGCCCAAUAGGGAGCCGAACAAACUUAUACGCGCCGAAAAAUCCGAAUGAAGUCAAGAAGUAUAUCCAAAUCAAAUGGGACUUCCUAAGUGGCAUCCGGCCGGAACAAAACUGUCGAUGCUAUUUAAGGAAAAAGGGGUGUUGUCGUUACUGACUCGAAAGUUUAUGGGGUUAAAACUUGCGUGCACGUGUCUAGUAUCUUCACAGUUCUGUACUACAUAUUCUAAGCUGUAGAGCCCAAUGUUUUCCACAAAACGGUCCUGAAUACAUAACGACUUUGUUUUAGGAAUUGCCAAGCUAGUGCUAAAGUGAGACUGUAUAAAUCCUGUAUCUCAACGACCCGGAACGUUCUGUGGCUCGAAAACAACAUCUUCCAAAAUCCAUUCUACACGAAGAAAAUUCUCAUCUUUUUCACUAUCUAGAUAUUAACUAUAACCGGUUAUAUAGUUCAUUCUAUCGUAGAUAAAUUCGAUCAAUAAGCUUGAAUAACACCAUCUACUUACCAUGCAUAUAAAUCAUCCAACCCCGAAAUUUCCUACAACUACAUCUACUCAAUCAACCAUCAUCCCAUCAAAAGCAAA